GCCCGCGCACGGAGACGGAGACGGGGGCAUCAGGUACAAGCGUCCCCGGCUGCCAGUGAACUCCCUCUCCGGUGAUGGGAUCCCUCCGUGGGGGACGCGGCGGCCAGAUUUUAGGAUCUUUUCUGUAUAAAAGAAGCAUGGGAGAACUGAGAGGCCACAGACCAAAAGGGACACUCCAGCUGACAGGGAACCGAGAAGCAAACUGGCUGAGAAUGGAGAGCAUGAAGAGUGUGCGUAAAGCUGAAACAGGAAAUCCUGGCAGUGAUUUAUCAGAGCAGAUUAAAGCAGCAACUAAAGAGAACCAUGUCCGAGCGGAAAAUACGCAGCUGAUGCUGAGUUACCAAAAGGGACAGAUCACGCUGAGGCAGUACAAGGUGCUACUUUGCUCCCUCUAUGAGAUCUAUAAGGCUCUGGAGGAAGAGCUGGACAGGAAUUCUUCCCAUCUGGCUGUUGCACCCAUAUACUUCCCUCAGGAACUCGCUCGUCUGGAAGCUCUGGAAAGAGAUCUGGAGCACUUUUUUGGCCCCGACUGGAAGAAGAAAGUGAUCGUCCCUGCAGCCACGCACAAAUAUGAGCAGAGACUACGAAAAAUUGGAAAACAGAACCCAGAGCUGCUGGUGGCCCAUGCAUACACUCGCUAUCUUGGUGAUUUAUCAGGCGGGCAGGUGUUGGGGAAAAUUACCCAGAAAUCUUUGGGGCUGAGCAGCAAAGAGGGGCUGUCGUUUUUCUCUUUCCCUGACGUGAGCAGUCCCAACCGCUUUAAGCAGCUGUACAGGAGCCGCAUGAACGGCAUCAAGCUGACGGAGCAGGAGAAGGCGGCCGUGCUGGAGGAGGCCGUGUCGGCCUUCGAGUUAAACAUCCAGGUUUUUGAUGACUUGCAGAAAAUGUUGAGUGUCACAGCAGAAACAGAGUCGCAGAUUCCAGCAACUCGGCUCCCAUCAUCCCCCAUCAUGCAGUUCACCGCGGGGGUGUGCGUCGCACUGGCCACCAUCGGAGUGGGAAUGUUCGUCUUCUAGACACGAGUUCAUCUCAUAUCAGAGCACUUUAACUUUUGACUUGUUUGAUAUUUACUCAGAGGAAAAAGCAUUAUCAUGUGUUCAAACAUUAGACCCCAAUUCACUGUUUU